AUGUCAUCGCUCAAUGAUUUCUGCAGAGAGAUAGCAGAGUCGACCCCAAAGUCUCCUUUGGGAUCUACACCAAGCUCGUACGACUUGUCAAACGACCCUCCGACUCCGGCUACCGAUGCCGAGGCCGAAGCCGAAGCAGAGAAAUGCAGUAACGCCUUCCUUAGCAUCUACGCCAAAUUACAGCGCCAGAUGCAGGAGACUAAUAGUGCUAUCGAGAAAGCUAAGGCGGCUGAGAAGGAUGCAGACAAGUGGAGAAAGAUAGCGGAGAUGGCGCAUCACGUUUACGAGCCCACGAAGAAAGAAUUGGACAGAGCUCGGGGAUACCGAAAGGAAGCCGAGGAGAAGAUCGAAAGGUUGGAAGCAGAAUUGUACAAGAUCAAGAAGCAACGAGAUGAAGCAACCGCAGAACUCUACAAGAUUCGGAAGGCGGGAGGCAUGAGAAGUUGGGAAUUAUGA